ACAUAAAACAUCCAGAGUGGGAGUAAAAACCGACGACAUCCGAAGUCCAAUCUCUUGUUGGGAUGACAAAAUGACAAUAGGAAAUACGUGCUAACUAAUGGUAGUGGGAGGACGACUUUUUCGCCGGGACUACUAUACAUAUUUAAAGGUUAUACUUAUAAAUUCAAGUCCAAAACGUGGGUUUGUUUAUAUUACAACUGACAUAUAAAAUAAAAUAUAUAGUUAAAUAAAAUGUCUUUAUUUGAAGUCAGGCGUUAUGAUGAAGAAAAUGAACAAGAAACAAAAUCAUAUGACCAUUUAUCAGAAUUAUUUAAAUUAAUCGAAGAGAGAAAGCAGCAACGUCUCAAUAUUAUUAAUAAAAAUAAUAAUAAUGAAAAUAAUGAUAAUAAAAAAAAGUUACAAAAGAAACGUAAAAGAAAAUUAGAUAUUGAAAUUGUUAAGGAAAGUAAUGAAAUUGAAAAUAAUAAUGUCAAUGACAAUGAUAAUAAUAAUGAUAAUGUUAAUGAUAAUGAAAAUACUGUUGAUGAAAGUAAACAUAAGCAAGAUUUCAUGAUUCUUGGAGCAAAUGCCAGUAAAAAAAAAUCUAAAGUGACACGUGUGUUGCCUAAAUGGCUGACACAUCCAGAAAUUAUAUCAGCUGACUUAAAUAAUGGUCCUGAGUUGGAUGAUAAUAUAAAAGAGUCAUUGAAUUUGGAUGAUCAGAUGAUGAAAACGUUACAGGACAAUGGAAUUAAAAAAUUAUUUCCUGUACAGUUGAAUGUGAUUAAAUGGAUGCUUAAAUGCAAUGAAUAUCGGCGGAUGGGCUGGUGGCCACGUGAUACAUGUGUGUCAGCACCUACUGGAAGUGGUAAAACUUUAGCAUACGUCUUACCAAUAAUUCAACAACUAAAGAACAAUUUAAUAACUAAAGUACGCUGUCUAAUUGUCUUGCCAGUCCAAGAAUUAGCAGCCCAAGUUUACAAAGUAAUGAUCACUUACUGCAAGAAUACAAAUCUUAGAGUCGCUUUGAUUACCGGCGCAUCAUCUAUGGAAAUUGAGCAAACGAACCUCAUCAAAAAAACACAAAAUGGUGAUUUGAUAAGUCGUGUAGACAUCGUGAUAUCAACACCAGGACGUUUGAUAGAUCAUAUUGAAAAAACAAAAGGAUUUACAUUAAAUUAUCUUGAAUAUUUAGUUAUUGAUGAAGCUGAUCGUUCAACAGAUUGGUUAAAAUAUAUUCCACAUCCCCAUUAUAAUAUUCCUUCGUUAACUAUAAAGAAUAUACAGUCAUGUUCGAUACCACCAGCGCAAAAAUUAUUAUUCAGUGCAACUUUAUCCCAAGAUCCGGAAAAAUUGAGCCGAUUAAAUUUAUUUCAACCGAUAUUAUUUACUUCCGUUGUCUUGAAGAAUCAUGACAAUGAUGAAGACAUUGAUCUAGAUAACGAAUGUGGUGAAUUUUUGGGUAAAUAUACAAGUCCCACAGAGUUGACUGAACGCUCUUUUGAAUGUUCGUCUGAAUACAAACCGAUUGCCGCCUGGAAAUUGAUAACCGACGAUGAAAAGAGCAAGAAGACCCUGAUUUUUACGAACUCUGGCAAUUCUGCCCAUCGUCUUGCGCUUUUAUUGGGUUUUAUGUUGGCUGAUAAAAAUAUUUGCGUUGACGAAUUGUCUUCGCAGAUGACGCCUAAGCAGCGGGGAGAAGUUCUAGAUAAAUUUAGUAAAGCGGACUCAGGAGUACUUGUAAGUUCUGAUGCAUUAGCACGUGGUGUUGACAUACCAAAUGUUACAGUAAUUUCUUACGAUUUACCAAAGAAUAUAAAAGGUUACAUCCAUCGAUCCGGACGAACUGGACGUGCUGGUAAAUUAGGAACAGCUAUAUCUAUAUUAACUUGUAAUCAAAUCCCAGCGUUUAAGCGAAUGCUCGCGUCAGCACACAAAGUUGUUCCGACAAUUGAAAAGUUUGAGUCACUAGAAACUAUUGCCGAAGAUAUAAAUUACAUUGAUCAAUUGAGUAAACUAAAAGAAAUCAUCAGUAAAGAAGAAAUUAAAAAUAAUAAAGUAACUAAGAGUAAUGAUAAAAAAAAUAAAAAAAAAUUUACUAAUGAUAAUACUAAAUCUAAACGACAAAGUAAGGAAUAAAUUUAAGGUUUUUUUUUUUUUAUCAUGUAAGUGAUUAAAAUGUUAAUAAAAAUAAAAAGAUCUGUAAAUUUUAAUAUUUGGACGUAUAUAAGCAAUAACGUAUCAACUGACACUAUUGUUUUUGAGAAAAUUGUGUUUAACGAUUUAAAAUUAUCUUUAAUAAAAUUUAUCUCGCAAAAUAUUUUCCACUUGACGUAAGAAAAACUUCUUUAGUAUAUUUACAAUAACGUACCAACUUGAAUUUUUAUUAUAGUUAAUGAUUGGUCCUGCAAUGUAGUAUUUGAACUCAAGUUACUUUAACACAAAUUUUUUUGUAAACGUUAAACUAAGGUAAAUGCCCCAGUACCCGAAAAAGACCCAAUAUUGGAACGAUUUUAUAAUCAGUAUAUUAUAUUUAAACUCGUACGCGAUGAAAAUAAAUAAAACUUUCUUUAUUUACAACCUUAAUCUUUUAUUUAAAAAAAGAAUAAAAAAUAGAGUUUGAAUAGGUAUGUCCAAAAUAUGAAAAAAAAAAAAAAAAGAAAUGUAAAUUAUAGUAAUAGUCUCGGAUCCAUGACAUUUCCAUGCCUCUUAAUGGUUUUGCUAAAAAGUCAGUAAAAACAGUCAAUGGUCUUAAGCUUAUAGAAAAUGUAUAAAAUAACUUUUCAAUAAUUUUUUUUUUAUAUGAAUUUAGAAUUACAUAAAAUUCAAGAAAUCAUAUUCAACAAUA